UAUAUACAGUCUUACGCAUACAUUAGUUUCGUCAUGAAAAUUAUUUUUGUCUGAUGCCAUUAUUAUUUUUUUUAAUUUAAUCUUCUGGAACGUUCUCGUCUAUUCUCGGUUCUUAAUCUUUACCCAGAAGCCCAGGUUCCCCACCGGUUUACCCAUAGUUCAUUACUUCGUUUCCUUUCUUCUGUCUCUUUAGCUUGUCCAAGAUGUCGUUAAUGGAUGGAGCGUUAAACGUGUUCGGCACGAGAACGACCGGCGAGUCCGUUCGUUCUCAAAAUGUCAUGGCCGCAUCAUCCAUUGCCAACAUCGUCAAGAGUUCCCUUGGCCCUGUCGGGCUGGACAAGAUGUUGGUGGAUGACAUCGGGGACGUGACUAUCACCAACGAUGGGGCUACCAUCCUGAAGCUGCUGGAGGUGGAGCACCCAGCAGCCAAGGUGCUGUGUGAACUGGCUGAGCUGCAAGACAAGGAGGUUGGGGAUGGGACAACUUCAGUGGUGAUCAUUGCAGCAGAGCUGCUGAAGAGCGCAGAUGAACUGGUGAAGCAGAAGAUCCAUCCCACUUCAGUCAUCAGUGGAUACCGCCUGGCCUGCAAGGAGGCAGUACGCUACAUCAAUGAGAACCUGACCAUCGCAACAGAUGACCUGGGAAGGGAGUGUCUGGUCAACGCAGCCAAGACCUCCAUGUCCUCCAAGAUCAUCGGAGUUGAUGCAGACUUCUUUGCCAACAUGGUGGUGGACGCUACUCUGGCAGUGAAGUUUGUGGAUCAGAAGGGUGUGGCGAGGUACCCCAUCAACUCGGUUAAUGUGCUCAAAGCCCACGGACGCAGCCAGAAGGAGAGCUAUCUGGUCAAUGGAUACGCACUCAAUUGCACUGUAGGGUCUCAAGGCAUGGUGAAGCGUUUGACCAACGCCAAGGUGGCGUGUCUGGACUUCAGCCUGCAGAAGACCAAGAUGAAGAUGGGAGUCCAGGUCCUCAUCAAUGACCCAGAGAAACUAGACCAGAUCAGACAGAGGGAGUCUGACAUCACCAAAGAGAGGAUUCAGAAGAUUCUGGCAUCUGGUGCUAACGUCAUCCUGACAACUGGAGGCAUCGACGACAUGUGCCUCAAGUACUUUGUGGACGUGGGAGCCAUGGCUAUCAGGAGGGUCCUCAAGCGGGACCUCAAACGCAUCGCCAAGGCAACGGGAGCCACCAUCUGCCCAUCCCUGUCUAACCUGGAGGGAGAGGAGACGUUUGAGACAGCCAUGUUGGGCCACUGUGAGGAGGUGGUGCAGGAGCGUGUGUGUGACGAUGAGCUCAUCCUGGUCAAAAAUACCAAGGCUCGUACCUGCGCCUCCAUCAUCCUGCGUGGGGCCAAUGACUUCAUGUGUGAUGAGAUGGAGCGGUCCCUGCAUGAUGCUCUGUGUGUGGUUAAGAGGGUGCUGGAGUCCAAGUCUGUUGUACCAGGAGGUGGUGCUGUGGAGGCAGCCCUGUCCAUCUACCUCGAGAACUAUGCCACUAGUAUGGGUUCUCGUGAGCAGCUGGCUAUAGCAGAGUUUGCCCGCUCCCUCCUGGUCAUUCCCAAGACCCUGGCUGUGAACGCUGCUCAGGACUCCACUGACCUGGUCGCCAAGCUCCGAGCCUUCCACAACGAGGCCCAGGUCAACCCUGAACGCAAAAACCUCAAAUGGAUUGGUCUGGACCUGGUGAAUGGUAAACCCAGGGACAACAAGCAGGCUGGUGUGUACGAGCCCACCAUGGUGAAGACCAAGAGCCUCAAGUUCGCCACAGAGGCCGCCAUCACUAUCCUCCGUAUCGAUGACCUCAUCAAGUUGUUCCCAGACCAGAAGGAGGGUGGGCCUUCGUACCAGGACGCCGUUGCAUCAGGACAGAUGGACGGGUAGACAUUCCUGUAACUGGUUCCAGUUCUGGAAUCUGCCCUGGGUUUCUUAGAUGCAAAAUGUGUUCUGGUCUGCUUGGCUUUCUCUGUAUUUAUACAUAUAAGCUCUUGGCUGUUCUGUCAUAGGUUGUGCACUUUGCUUGUUCCCAUGUGGUAACCUGUUAAUCUGGGAACUGUAACUGAUUGUUGGACACUCACGAAUAAAACCUGAUGGUCUGUAUUA